AUGUUAACCUACAAGUCUGAUAACUCCAUGUUUCUCUACGACAGAAACGAGUAUUGUCCUCUCGACGACAGCAUAAUAGCUAUCUCGCUAAUCACCGCUGAGCACUUGUUCAUGACAUCCGCCGGGUUAUCCGGCGAAGACCUAUGGCCGGCAUUCGACGACGCCGGACCUGUCGCCGCCAGCGCAAAGUACGGAUUAUCCGGCAUAGACAUGCGCUUCGGCAUAAUACUCGCCAAGCUCGGCAACGUAAUCUGA